AUGGCAUCGCCCAUUCCAGUCUGUGUAGUCGGCUACGGCUCUUCAGCUCGCACCUUCCAUAUCCCCUACAUCUUGUCCAUGCCGCAUCUCUUCCGCCUCCACUCAAUCCAACAACGCCCCAACUCUACCUCAGGCCCGCCUGCCUCCAAGGACCACCCGGAGAUCGCAAUCAUCCCUUCAUUCGACGAGGUAUUCGCCAGCCUCCCCAAGCCUGGACUCAUCGUAAUCAGCUCAGCCAACUCGACCCACUACCCUUUCGCGGCCCAGGCCCUGCAAGCCGGGUACCACGUCGUAGUCGAGAAACCCAUCACCUGGCGUCACUCGGAGGCUCUGCACCUCGCUCAGCUCGCCAAGGAACAGGGAUUGGUUUGCGCAUCCUUCAACAACAGGCGAUGGGAUGGCGACUUCCUCACUGUGCAGUCCCUGCUGAACCCACCUGCGAGCAAGCCCGACCAACCUUCUGCGCUCGGGACGGCCACCUAUUUCGAGUCAAGGUUUGACCGCUUCAGGCCGUGGAGUAAGGGAGGGUGGAGGGAGGAGAGUGGCUUCAAUGAGGGUGGAGGGCUACUUCUGGACUUGGGAAGCCAUUUGGCUGAUCAGCUCCUCACCCUGUUCGGCCCUCCCUCCCACCUGACUGCCUUUGUCCGCAAUCAGCGUGGUCAGCUUGCCCCUCGCGUAGAUGACGACUUCAUGAUCCUCCUCUCCUACCCUACACCUAGCAACCCCCUGCCACCCUCAAGCCCAGGCUCCGGCACACGUCUUGGGAGCGGUCUUCGCGCCCUUCUUGGAGCCACCUGCCUCUCAACGCACGUAGACGGCGAACAGCCCCGUUUCCGCGUAGAGGGCACUCGCGGUUCAUACGAGAAGCGUGGUGUGGACCCGCAAGAGGCGCAGCUUAAGGCCGGUCGAAAGCCCAACGACAGCAACGAUGAAAGCUUUGGGAUGUACGGUACUGAAGAUCCGGACUCGGUGAAGCUCGGCCGUCUCACCACCAGCACCGAUGCCGGGCAAGAAGCCAUGCCUGCCGACCCGACUGCGGGAAGGGGGAAGGCCACAGCUCCCGUUCAACCACGCUUGGCGACGAGCGAUGUGCCCACGCUGCCGGGGAGGUACGACGUCUACUGGCAGAAUGUGGGGGACGCAAUACGCGCUGCUGAGGCCGCUCGUAGCGGAGGAGCAGAGGCUGCUCAUGCUGCCGUGCAGGCUACGCUCGAGGUCAAGCCGGAGCAGGCGGCCGACUGCAUUAAGCUGCUUUGCCUGGCGAGGAAGAGUAGUGUGGAGGGACGCAGCGUGAGGUGGACCGAGGAGCCUGAGCUCGACGUCAAGGAAGGGAAGGAGAACGUACUCUACUGGGACUGA